AUGUCUUUAAUACCCAACGACGAACAAACAGCAUAUAGGCAAAGACGUAUUGUAGAAGCAUUUCAGCAUGCUUGGAAAGGAUACCGUACAGACGCUUUCGGUCGUGACGAAUACCAACCUUUGACUCAUUCAGGGCACGACUGGGCACCAGGUGGCCUUGGGCUGAUGAUUACUGAUGCGUUGGAUACCAUGCUUCUAAUGAAUCUUACGGACGAAUACAAUGAAGCCCGCGAGUGGGUGGCAACCAAAUUGGAUUUUGACAAAAACCAGGAUGUAAAUCUCUUUGAAACUACCAUUCGAGUACUGGGAGGAUUAUUGUCGGCAUAUCAUUUGUCGGGCAACGAUCCUGUCUACUUGGGGAAGGCGACCGAUCUAGGCAACCGCUUGUUAGGUGCUUUUCACAGUGAAUCAGGCAUCCCGUACGCGAGUGUCGUGCUAUCGACCGGACUGGCUUAUAAACCCCAUGUGCCGAGUAGUACUGCUGAAGUAACGACGAUCCAAUUGGAAUUCAAAUACUUGAGUUACCUAACUGGCGACGAUAAAUACAAGGGUGCUGUAGACAAAGUCAUGAAACGAAUGGAAGAUCUUAUUGAAAAGGGCUCAACUGUCGAUGGCUUGGUUCCUAUUCUCAUACAUCCGGUAUCGGGUGAGUUUACAACCAGCGAAAUACGCCUCGGUUCACGCGGUGACAGCUACUAUGAAUAUCUUCUAAAGCAAUACCUGCAAACCGGAAAAACCGAAAAGAAAUAUCGUGAUAUGUAUGAUCAUGCUAUGCGUGGAGUCAGAACGCAUCUACUGGGCCGCAGCUUUCCAAACAAUCUUUUAUAUAUCGGUGAACUACUGGAUAGUGAUCCUACAAAACUUCAUUCGAAAAUGGAUCAUCUCGUAUGCUUUAUUGGCGGCAGUUUUGCUCUUGGUGCCACUGAAGGACGCACUCUAGCUGAUCAUCCACAGAUGAGUCAAGUGGAUUUAGAAGAUCUGGAGGUUGGAAAGCAAAUUACUCGGACAUGUUAUGAAAUGUACAAUAGCACAGCGACCGGGUUAGCAAGCGAAAUCGUGUACUUUAACACCGAGAAAGACGCUGCUGCGGAUGCUGCGGAUAUAAUGAUAAAACCUCGCGAUCGACACAAUAUAUUGCGACCCGAAACUUUGGAAAGUAUUUUCCUACUAUGGAGACUAACAGGCGAUGAAAUAUACAGAGAAUGGGGUUGGAAGAUUUUUGAAGCCUUUGAGCAAUAUACGAAAUUACCGGGUGGAGGUUACGCUGCUUUGAAAGACGUCACCCAGAUUCCUCCUGUGAAAGAUAAUCGGAUGGAUACAUUCUUUCUGGCUGAAACCCUGAAAUACCUUUACUUAUUAUUCAGUCCCAAUGACCUAUUGCCGCUGGAGCACUACGUUCUCAACACUGAAGCUCAUCCCUUGCCCGUAAUACACUUCAAGUAG